AAAUUAAGAAGCAACAUUACUUAUUUCUUUUGAAGACUUUACUUUUCAAACGACUUUUUGCAAUUGAUCUCACUUUAAGCAAACAUAUCUUCCCAGUUUCUAAUAUUUAAACCCUUGUCCCGAAAUCAUUCCAUAAGUUAUGGCUCGCACCAAGAAAAAAGAUAACUCGGUCGUUUUCAUUGGCGAAGAGGAUAAGGAACCACUCCUAAAAAAAGGAUCAAAUCCAAAAAACAGUACUCCAUUUCCUGGGUCAUUUAUAAAAUAUCUUUUCUCCGAAAAAUCUGUGCUCAUGCGAAUUCUUUCCUCUUUGUGUCCGCCGUUUGGACGCUUCAAACGAAUCGCUGUAGAUUAUGAAGGAAGUUUUCUGAGCACUUUUUUCCUAACUGCUAUUGUGUACUGGGGACUUGUUACGUCUACGGAGCAUGAAUCUCCUAGCAGAUUAUUUGCCCUUCUUCACGCAACAGGUCUAACAGUGGGCUAUUUAGGGAUGAUUUCGGCUUUUACUUGGAUCAUUUCGCGAUGUACAAAGACUGCAAUUAUGCCAAGACAAAUCGUGUGCAUUAUGGGAUAUGGAUUAUUCGGUCAUGCCGUAGUUCUUCUAAUUUGUGAAGCCGGUUCCGACGAAUGGUUCAUGACCUUAAUGACCUUACUUGGCGGUUUAGGUUCAUUUCGCAUAUGCUUAAUCCUAUUGGCUCGAACUGCCGUGCCUGCUGGGCGUUUUGUACUAUGUUGUCCUGUCGCUAUUAUUCAUCUUCUGUAUUUAGUUUAUCUUCAUUUUGUUAUUAUGAAACGUUGAUAGGAAUUAUUAUUUGUACCUGGGAAUUAAUUCAUUCAUUAAUCGUAUAUGAGAUCACUGGCCAAAACCUUUAGGAGUAAUUACAUGCUUGCAUUUUUCUGUGAACGGAUUUAAAUUGGUAUACAAUAAAAUGAAAUUACAAGACAAA